AUGCUUGGUGACCACUCUUGCUCGGCCUGUCUGGCCCCUCUGCAGUCUGAAGAUGGUCAUGAUAUGUGUCCUCCGUGCCUUGGCCUCGAACACCUGAGGGAGGGACUUUCUGCUGUAGAGGCGCUUGAGCGCACAGUCCAGGCCAGGCAGACGCGACAGCAGCUCUCUGGGCUACAUAGGAGUCUCAGCCACCGGCUCAACAGCCGGUUCAAAGAGGUCCUCAGGGCUUUCGAGCCCCCGAACGUCCACCCUCCAGACAACCUCGGACUUUUGACGCUGCCCGUCGUCCCCCCAGGGCCUCUAGAGGCCGGGGGACCAGGCGCUGAGAAUCCGGGGCCGGUCGUCGGCUGUUUUUCCCAGCAGCAGUUCAGCUACUGGGCUGCUACCACCACGGACCCUUGGGUGAUUUCCACCUUAACCCACGGGUACAAACUUCAGUUCCGACGCCGGCCCCCAGCCUUCGGCCGGGUCAGGAUUACCAUCAUACGCGACCCGGCAAAAGCCCAUGCCCUCAACCAGGAGUUGUCCGCCCUCCUGGACAAGGGUGCCAUCGAGCCAGUAGACCCCCUGUCACCCGGGGGGUUCUAUUCGACUUACUUUCUUGUCGAAAAGAAAGAUGGCGGACUCCGCCCUAUCCUCGACCUGAGGGGACUCAACAGGUUCCUGAAGGUGUUGAAGUUCCACAUGCUCAGUACUGCAGAGGUUCUGCGUACUGUUGCCAGAGGGGAAUGGUUUACUUCAAUAGACUUGAAGGACGCAUACUUUCAUGUCCCCAUAGCACCACACCACAGACAAUUUCUGCGGUUUGCCUUUCAGGGCCGUCAUUUUCAGUUCAGGGUGCUCCCGUUCGGCCUCUCCCUUUCCCCACGGGUGUUCACCAGGUGUGUGGCGGCAGCCCUCUCACCCCUGCAGGCGCAGGGCAUGAAGAUCCUGCCGUAUCUGGACGACUGGCUGGUCUGUGCGCCGUCCCGGUCUCAGGUGACCAGCGAUACAGCGACUCUCCUCUCACAUGUGGCCCAGCUCGGUCUCAGAGUGAAUUUCACAAAGAGCUGCCUGGUCCCCUCACAGAACACACUCUUUCUGGGGAUGACACUGGAUUCCGUUGCCAUGAAGGCCUGUCCAUCACCUCGGCGCGUGGACGACAUCCUCCACCUCCUUCUCCUCUUCCAGGAGGGCCGCCGCUUGCGCUACGUCCAGUAUAUGCGCCUCUUAGGCAAGCUGACGGCGGCUGCCACCGUGGUCCCCUUAGGGUUGCUGGCACUGCGUCCCCUUCAGAGGUGGCUAAACAGCUUCCACCUGGAUGCCAAGCGGCACCGGGACAGGAAGCUCAAAGUGUCAAGGUGUUGCCUCCUUGCUCUGGCCCCAUGGAGGGAGAGAUCAUUUCUCCUUCAGGGCAUGCCCAUGGGCUCCAUUGCAUCCCAUCGGGAGACUGUCACAACAGACGCAUCCCGCUCAGGGUGGGGUGCUGUGUGGCAGAACCGGACAGCUCAAGGCCUGUGGCCUGCACAGGACCGCUCGGACCAUAUCAAUGUGUUGGAGCUACGGGCAGUGCACAUGGCACUGCAGCUUUUUCUUCCCUUCCUGAGAGGGAGGCAUGUGCUAGUACGGUCGGACAACGUCUCAACCGUCUCUCACAUAAACCACCAAGGGGGAACCAGGUCUGCACAACUGUUGCAGGUGUCCCGGGACCUCCUGUUGUGGGCGGCCCCCCGCCUAGCCAGCAUAAGGGCGAUGUACUUGCCAGGGGAACGGAACCGGGCUGCAGACUUCCUAUCACGUCGCAAGCCACCCCCGGGGGAGUGGCGGCUCCACCCAGAGGUGGUGCUCAAUAUCUGGGACGUCUUCGGCAGGGCAGAGGUGGAUCUCUUUGCCACAGAAGAGUCGACCCAUUGCCCCCUCUGGUUUUCCUUGACAGAGGAGGCCAGCCCUCUGGGCCAGGAUGCUCUCGCCCACGAUUGGCCAGAGGGUCUUCUCUAUGCCUUUCCUCCAAUGCCUCUGAUUCCUCAAAUACUGCAGAGGGUCCUCCAGCAGGGCCACAGGCUGCUAUUGGUAGCUCCCUUCUGGCCAGGGAGGACAUGGUUUCCCCUGCUGCACAGGCUCUGCCGCGGCUCACCGUGGCGUCUCCCCGACAGGAAUUAUCUCCUGUCUCAGCUAGGGGGCCAGGUCUGGCAUCCCGACCCUCAUCGCCUGCAGCUCUGGGUCUGGCCAUUGCAGGGCCCGACCCGCUGCUGACAGAGUGUUCAGACACCGUCCAGCAUACUAUACUGAAUGCUAGGGCACCUUCUACUCGGAUGCAGUAUGAGAACAGGUGGCAACUGUUUUCCGCCUGGUGCUCGGACAGGGGUGAGGACCCAGUGCACUGUACAAUCCCAAAAAUUUUGGAGUUCCUACAGUCACUCCUGAACAGCGGACGGUCCCCUGCUACCUUGAGGGUGUAUGUGGCGGCCAUUUCCUCUCGACACGCCCAAGUUGAUGACAGCACCGUGGGGUGCCACAGACUUGUGUCCCUCUUCCUAAGGGGAGCCCUGAGGUUACAACCCCCGAAGGCACAGAGAAUUCCAGCAUGGGAUCUACCCCUAGUGCUGGAUGCUUUGUGUCUGCCUCCC